AUGUGGUGUCGACCAAACCGUAGCGAAAUACUGGAAUUUUUUCUACCUCAACCUCAAUGGACCGAAAAUAACACGAAAAAAACUCGUGUUUCUCUCGUCCGAUGGUCAAAAACUAUUAUUCCUCCUGGUCAGUUUUGCUUGAAAGAUGAGCUUCCAACUGAACGCUUGUACGUUGCUUGCGAAGUAUCGGCGAGAACAUUUCGAACCAAUUGUGACCGAGCAAAGGAGUUUUGUAAAAAUAAUGGUGUAUGUACAGCAGCGACGCACAAAGAUGCAGCCGUAUGCGAUUGUACGGAAACACCAUACAGUGGUGCUCGUUGUACGGACAAAUGUGGUGAAUUACCGUCGCAUUGUGAGACAUUGAAUGAUUUUCAAAUGAAUAAUACAAAAAUUCCGCUAGGUCUCAACGGUGGUAACUGUACAGAACUAGGCAUGUGUAUAUGUACAUCUCUCUGGAAAGGUUCUUUGUGCGAAAUAGUACAAGAUCCAUGUCUUUCCAAUCCUUGUCAACACAGGACGAAGUGUUCACAAAUUGGUAAUACGCACAAUUUCACUUGCGAUUGUGAAGAUUCCGGUUGGACUGGUGAAUUGUGUCAUCUGUCUACAUAUCCAUGUCCUGUCGAUCGCUGUAAAAAUAAUGGACAAUGCAGACCGGUCGGACAGGUUAAUUUCACGUGCAAUUGUUUGCAAACAGGGUAUCAAGGAACAUUUUGUGAGGAAGGGUGUUUAAAUUCGGACAAACCUUGUCAAAAUACAGGAUCAUGCGUCAAUAAUGAAUGCGUUUGUAAUUCAUUGACAACUGGGAGCUUUUGUGAAAGAGCCAUUGAGAAAACUCCAGAAAAUAGUCAGAAGAAAACGACUGCAAUCGGUCUCAGACUUUGGCUCAUUAUCAUUUUGUCAACAGUCGGUGCGAUACUUCUCGCUGGCUUGAUGUACAGUCGUCACAAAUUUUUAAAAUCACGUGUCGAACAAAGUAAUUCGACCGAACAUGAUGGCAAAUCAAUAUUGACUGGUAUGCAAACUGUACAAGUCAAUGAUGAUGAGGCUGUCAGUGUAGCCUCAAGUCAACCCUCACUGUCCAAGAAGACUAAACAACAUUUUCUUUCUGUGGAUGCGAUAUAUAGAUAA